AAAUCCCCCAAAAAUACAGAUACAAGACGUCGUUUUCGUGCUCGAUUGCUCUUGCAUCUUAGAGCACCGCGCCCUUUUCUUUGUUCCCUUCGCACAAAGUAUUCCAAAGACAAGCUAUGGUGCAGUCAAGCCUGAUGCCCUCCGUCGCGUCGACUCGACGUGUUCUUUUCCUGACCGCGGAACCGUCGGACGAAGGAAAUGCGAAGGUUCUUCAGGAUCCUGUAGCUGUCCGUCUACAACAAUGCGGCGUCGAGGUCUCGGCUCGCUCCAUUCUUGAAUGGGACCAGCCAGUGAACCUCAAGGCGUACUCGCACAUACUUUUCCUUCGCUUGUGGGAUUACCACCUCCACCUCAGCCGAGUGGGCUCGCUCGUGUCGGAGCUUCGCUCGCUUUCAGGACAGACGAGGAUUUACAACCCGCUGACCGUCGUCCUGUGGAACAUGGACAAGGCCAAGUAUCUGCCCGAGCUGCAAACGGCCGGGAUUCCCGUGAUCGAGACCACGUAUCUGCCCCUCCCUGCCCCAGCAACUGCAAUUAAUCAUGUGCUCCAGCUUAGGAAGAGCAAAACCCCCGUGGUUCUGAAGCCGUCAAUAUCGGCCUCCUCGUUCUCGACGUAUCUGAUUCGGGACGCGCAGACCCUCAGCGAGGCCGACGAAGCGGCCAUUAGCUCGUUCAACGACAUCAAGGGCCUCGGCGACGACGCCAAGCUCAUGAUCCAGGAGUAUGUGCCGGAGAUCACGACGUCCGGCGAGCUGUCGAUUGUGAUGGUCGACGGCGUGAUCUCGCACGCCGUCAGGAAGAUUCCCCGGAAGGAUGACUUUCGAAGCCAAGCCGAGCUCGGGGGUGCCGAAGAGUUUCUGCAAGCGGACCAAGUUAACGAAAACGCGUCGCGGAUUGCGAAACGGAUAUGGAGACACGUGGACAGGAAGCUUGAACGAUCAGGCGACGACCCGCCGUUGUAUGCGCGCAUUGACGGCGUGAUCAGGGACGAUGGCGCCUUUGUCCUGAUGGAGGCGGAAUUCAUCGAACCGUGGAUGUACAUGGACGCACCUGUCGCAAAGCAAGGACUGGAGAUCCUCUGCGAGCAGAUUAUGAGGCGACGUUUGGGACCCCGACCAGCAUAGAGGAUAGCGUCCUGAUUGCGCGUGUAAUCGCAAACAUUCAGAUUCUCCUUACGGAAACAUUGUGUUACGGUUCUACAGCACGUGGGCACGGGAUCACAUUCUGUCUUGAUCAACAAGUGAUGAUUUCCGCAGGGAAUAGCAAAUAGGUUCGAUACAGACCAUGGUCACGGCUUUAGCUAACACAAAACACUGGUAACGCCACAGACCAAAGAAGAGCACGUGAGAAGAAUCGAAUAAUACCCAUUAAUGCAGGUCAGAGUUUCGAAGAAGUUAAUUACAUCUAUUAAAGGGCCCAAUCCUAGGUGUUGGCGAGCAAUACAUGAUCCCCAACGUUCCCUUGA